AAGUUUAACGCAUAUUUGGAUUCAUUGCCCGAAUCGGAAAAGGCGAAGGUUUUGAGCGAAAACAAACUGAAACUUCCGUCCGAAAAGAAACUGAAACAACAACAGAAUUUGCCUAAACUUCAGACACCUGUCAACGCAGAACAGGUCGAGGAUCCCAACGCUAAAGAGACGGCCGCUAUCAUGAACUACCAGUUCGAUAGAGUGCCUGUACUUCAGGCCAAAUACCCAGAGAAGAGUAAAGCGGAAAUAUUGAAACUCACAUUUCAAGAGUGGAACACAAAACUCAAUGAGAAAAAGAAAGCUAAAUAUUAUAAACAGACGGAAGCGUUCACACAAUUGAUGCCAUCGACUAAAGGAGAGCCGUCGAGUCCGACCAAAUCACCGCAACCUAAAGGGAGGGCUUCGCCGUCCAGACAAGCGCUACUCAAAAAGGAGCCCAAAAGACCGCCAAAGAGCGGAUACGCUUUGUUCACAUCCGAGUUGUUGUCCACUCUUACAGGCAUUGAACCGAAGAAACGGAUGCAAGAAAUCGCCCGAAAAUGGAAUCACGAAAUCACUGAAAUACAGAAAAAGAACUUUGAUUUGAGGGCCAAACAGAUGGCCGUUGACUACCAGAAAGAGUUGACCAAAUUUACAGCCUCUUUGAGUUCAGCGGAAUUGAGUGAAUAUCAGGCCAUUCAGAGCGAGAAGGCGAGACCCAAAGCGAGGGGCAAAUCUAAAAAAUCAGAUAUGGAUCCGGUUGUGGACGACUCGAAUGUGAUUGAGACGAUCGACGUCGCGACCACUGGAAAUGCGGCCCAAUCUUCCGAUGAGAGCGAGGAUUCAGACAACGAAUCUGAAGAUAACGACGAAGAGGCCGAAGACGAGGAAAACCAGGAACAGGAAGGAGAAGAAGAAGAGAAUGAAGAGGAGAGCGGAGAAGAGGAGGAAGAAGAAGAGGAGGACGAAGAAGAAGGAGAUGACAGCGAAGAGUCGAGCGAUUAGUUUUUUUCAGUUAAAUACAUAUAUUUCAUCAUAUAUUCGCCGGAAAUUGUAUUUUCAAAGCAUAUUAUCAUUCCUUUAAUUUUUUUUAAUUUGCAUAACUUUUAAAGAAAACAGUAUUUCUUUUUAACCAAACAUUAAUUUCCAGACAAACUUAUGGUUCGUUUCUUUUCUUAUUUCAAAUUUUAUUGAC